AUGGCGGGACCCCGAGUCAUUUACUGGUUCCGCACCGACUUGCGGCUGCACGAUUCACCUGCCCUUGACGGCGGCGCUGGAGCUCGAGCCGGCGGUGCUGUGGCCCUGUGUUUACAUGGGAUCCGCACUACGUCAUCGGACUCAUGUGUGCUCGCGGCUAAUCAAUGCAGACUGGACUGCCAAAAUGACCUUUCGGCUUCGAUCACCAAGCUGAAUCCCAAGUCGAAGCUCUUUGUACUGCGCGAGGGUCCACAGACGCUGUUCCCCAAGCUUUUCAAAGCCUGGAAGGUAACGCACCUUGUUUUCGAGAAGGACACAGAUUCGUACGGCCGUGAGAGGGAUGGCGUCGUCGUGGCGGCGGCGCGGGAGGCCGGUGUCGAAGUCAUCAUGCGUAGCGGUAGGACGUUGUGGGACAGCGACGAUAUCGUCAGAGCGAACGGAGGCAAGCCGACGAUGAGUAUGUCACAGCUGCAGAAAGCCGGCUCUCGGGUCGGCGACAUCCCGCGGCCCGUGGCGGCGCCCACGAAGCUGCCGGAUCCGGGAGAGAUGCCAGUCGACUUCGAGCAGGAAAGGCCGAACACCACGCCAGACUUUAAUGCCGCGCAGAGGACUGCUGAGGCUGGAGACCAAGGAUACGCGAGCAUAGCCGGGCCCAAUGGCGACUUUGGCAUCGAAACAAUGGAAGAACUUGGUUUCCCAAGCGCCACCACACCACACCGAGGGGGCGAGUCGAGAGCACUGGAGACUCUGAAAGAGGUCAUGAAGGACGUUAAGUACGCGGCCACGUUCCGCAAGCCGCAGACAAGCCCUGCGGCGUUUGAGCCGCAGUCGACGACGCUCUUGUCUCCGCACAUGCACUUCGGCUCACUGUCUGUCAGGGAGUUCUACUGGCAAGCUGUAGAUGCAGUAAAGGCAUUUGGCAAGGGGGCAUCAGGUCCGCCGGAGAGCCUGACGGGCCAGCUGCUGUUCCGCGACAUGUAUUUUGCUGCACAGGCAGCGCUGGGUUACAAGUUUGAGCAGACCAGGGGCAAUGCGUACUGUCGAUUCAUUCCUUGGCAUCUGCCGAGCAAGGUGAACACAGAGACUGGACUCAUCACGGGGGAGUAUCAUGUUGACUCUGAAGAGGCGGACCUGUGGUUCCGUCGGUGGAAGGCUGGACAGACGGGAUUCCCGUGGAUCGAUGCUCUAAUGCGACAGCUGGCGGAGGAGGGCUGGAUCCACCAUCUCGGCCGGCAUUCGGUGGCGUGUUUCUUGACGCGGGGCGGAUGCUACAUUGACUGGGAGCGCGGUUGCGAGGUGUUUGAGGAAUGGCUCAUUGAUCAUGAGCCGGCGUGCAACGCAGGAAACUGGCAGUGGUUGAGCUGCGCAGCCUUCUUUUCCCAAUACUUCCGAUGUUACAGCCCAGUGUCGUUCGGGCAGAAGUGGGACAAGGAGGGACUCUUUGUGCGACGAUGGGUGCCGGAGCUGAAGGACCUGGACGCUAAGUACAUCUACGAGCCGUGGAAGGCGCCGAAGCCUGAUCUUAAGAAAGCCGGAGUCAAGCUUGGCGGCAAUGGCCUCGACGAUAGGGAGGAGGGCACAUAUCCGAAGCCCAUGUUUGACUUCAACGAGAGACGAACAGCGUGCUUGGCCGCAACGAAAAAGGCGUACGGGGUUGGACUGCACGGGGCGGACGAUGAGGUGGCGGACGGGACUUGGAGGGACAUGUUCGAUGGCGUCGACGGUGAAAUGAUGGACGUGUUCGAGAGCGACGAUGGCGAGCAUGCCGACCAUGGCCACGACCAGGAAAGUGAGCCGCCAAAGAAGAGGGCGAAAAAGGAAGCAGACAAGAUCACGCCUACCAAGCAUGCGGCGACGGAGGGCAGUGCCGAACAGCACGCGUCCAAGGGUGCCAAGGGUGCCAAGGGAGACAAAAAGCGCCAGACGUCCAUCGCAGACCAUGUUCGUCGGGCCAAGUAG